CGAAAAGAGGCUCGGUACGUGAACCGCCUGGAAUGAGAUAAGUUUUUCCAAACUUUUUUCCGUUAAUAUUUUCAAAUCUGAAGGUCCUUCAAAUUUAUUUAGGUGUUAUUACAUAUUAAUCGUGUAUAUUAACAAAAGUAUAUAACCGAUGAUUUUGAGAUUAGUUUUCAUCAAACUUUUUUGUCUUAAUACCUCAGACAUCACAUGUUUCUCUGUUCAUCAUGUGUAUUAACAUCAUUUUUACUUAGAUUUGUUUCAAUUUCUUUGUUACGAAAUUGCUCCAGUUCUGAAAGUACAUUUGCGGGUUUUGAGAAUGAAGUUGUAAUUGCUCUUUCUGUAAGAAUAACCAACCAACCUGAAAUUAUACUACCUUUUUAAAUAGGCCUUUUAAAUAUAUCAAUAAUAAAUACUUGGAUUUCUAAUAAUUGGUCCUUCUACCAUUUCAGGUUUGCCAAGAGUAAGUGGAAAUAAAAGCACAUCAAGGAAGAAAGAUCCCUUUACUUGAAGCUUCGAUUAUAAUUUUAAAAGAAUUUAUAUAAUGCUGCGAUGGUGUUGAACUGCCCUAGUCGUGCCAUGUUCAGGACGUGUAUUCGUGUUUUAACUGUCCCACCACAGGACUGGAAGACAAUUGAGGAUUUGCCACGUGUUGUAUAUUGGAAUGGCUAAGAUAAUGGGUCGGGCAUUUAACCACCUUGGGACACAUGUGUGGGAGCAACAUCUUCAUCGUGGGCAGCUCCCAUAAUAUAAGGACUUCAAAGCAGCGUAAUAUGUUGCAUCCCGAAGGACCCUAAGGCAUCAGAUGUUCCUAAAGUCCCAGAAAAGGUCACUGGGACCAAAGGUGUUAUGGUGGAUAAAUGGGUUCCUAAACAUCGAAUGAACAAUCCUGUAUUGCAAAACACGGUCCAGCUUAUUACAAAUGGGAAACCAGCUACUCAAUAUAUUACUGAUAAAGGCAAAGAAAAGGUGAAUGGAAUAUGCACUGCUUCCACCUCGAAGGAUGUUAGGAAGGAGGAAUCUGAUUCUGACAUUGAAGAGGUUUUCACGGAGCAGGCUCCUCAAGCUAUCCCUGCAAUACAGGAGGAUUUACAAUCGGUUAAAAGGGAUCUUGAUAUAUUUAAUAAUCUUCAGAUAAAGCUCAUACCUGAAGACAAGAGAGCAAUGGAUGACUAUAACCUGCAAAAACUCAUUCAGAGAGAAUCAUAUGAUCCAGCCCUUUGUGCCAAGGGUUAUUCUUCAGAUGGAGAUUUAUGUUUCCUAGAAAACAUUCAAAAAUGGGAGGAGGGACAAUCAACUUUAUCCAAAAAAGUGGCCAAGGUAAUUAAUACAAGUAAGCACCCUAAUAAUGACAACUUUGAGGAUCUGUUGGCCGGUUUGAAUUCCAGUUUUAAUGAGGAAGGCUUUAUUCGGG